AUGGGCAAGAAGGAGCACGCCGCUGCGGCGGAGAACAUCAGGGUGCUCGUCCGAUGCCGUCCUUUUAGUGAGAAGGAAAAGGCGGUGGGUCAUAAGACCUGCGUCGAUCUUGACAUGGUGCAGAACACCGUGACUGUGAAGAGCGUCAUUGGUGAGCCCGAUCGCUGGACAUUCGAUGCGGUGAUCAACAACAACUUCUCCCAGCAGGACAUCUUCACUCAGUUCAUUAUGCCACUGACCGAGUCCGUACUCAGCGGCUUCAACGCGACAGUAUUCGCCUACGGCCAAUCCGGCUCCGGUAAGACGCACACUAUGACGGGUGUGAUGGGCGACAAUGCGCUUGAGGGGGUCAUUCCGCGCUGUGUUAAGCACAUUUUCAACACCGUGAAAAUGAUGAAGGACGAGGCGCCGGGCACCACUGUCAACAUGUACGUCUCCUUCAUGGAGUUGUACAAUGGUAAGGUGCGUGACCUGCUAGCGAAGCAGCAGGUGUCCUUGGACAUCCGUGAGGCGAAGGACCACACCUUCUUUGUGCAGGGCGCCGUUGUGGCGCAGGUCAAGUGCCCAGCGGAUGUCAUCCGGCACCUGGAGGAGGGCACGGACCGCCGCCGCGUCGCGUCCACAGAGCUGAACACCGAUAGCAGCCGCUCGCACUCUGUUUUCUCUCUCAUUCUGGAGUGUACCGAGACCCUCGAAGACGGCAGAACCCGUGCUGUGUCGAGCAAGCUGAACCUGGUAGAUCUGGCCGGCUCGGAGCGCCAGGGCAAGACCGGCGCCUCUGGCGACACGCUGAAGGAGGGGUGCAACAUCAACCUCUCACUGAGCGCUCUCGGCACCGUCAUCGACACCAUUGUCAAGGGUGGCGCACACGUGCCAUUCCGCAGCAGCCCUCUGACGAUGCUGCUGAAGGACUCGCUUGGCGGCAACAGCAAAACUGUCAUGUUUGCCAACAUCAACCCCAGCGAGCGCAACAUGUCGGAGACUGUGUCAACGCUGCGCUUUGCCGAUCGCGCCAAGCAGAUAAAGAACAAGCCGGUUGUGAACAUGGACUCGAAGGAUCGGACAAUCGCGGAGCUGACGGAAAUGGUAAAGGAUCUGCGCGCUAAACUGGCCAAGUACCAGAAUGAGGGCACGGCAGGGCUGGAAAAUGAGGUGACGCAGUUGCAGGAGAAGAUGGGUCAACUGGAGGUGCAGCUGGACAACGCCACGAAGAGUCGCGAGGCGGAUCUGGUCGACUACGAGACGACAAAGGCCACUCUUGCAGCGGAGCGGCAGACAUUUAACACUCGGCUCCUUUCUAUGGAGGACGAGGUUGUCCAGCUGCAGAAUCAGCUGCAGAUCUCCGAGAGCAACGCAGUGACAAUUCAGUCGCAGCUGAACGACGUCUGGUCGCAGUGUUACAAUUACUUCCUAACGCCAGAGGAGAAGGCGGCGAAGACGCUGGAGCAGCUGCAGGCCACUACGUCACUCGAGGAGGUGCUGCGAAACACCAAAAAGAAGGUUGAAGGAGGCAGUGAAGCGGCCUUGCUGGAGAAGAUUCAGUCACUGACGGCCGACCUCAAUGCGUCACAGGCUGAGCACAAGGCCACCGAGAAAGAGCUCAAGUCCAACAAGACGCAGCUAGAGCGGCACCUGGCAGAAGUGAGGGAGGAGCUGGCCGAAUGGAAGGGAGUCUCGCUUGGGCUUGGUGGUAGCAGCGGCGAUGACCAAGUGGCGGUACCUAUGAUGCAGCAGCAGAAGCUGAUGGCGGCGAUCAAGCUCGAUGACAAGGGUGCGACAGCGAUCAAGCUUCUACGUGAGGAAAACAAGAUGCUGCGACACCAGCUGAUGGCGGCGACAUCCGUGGUGUCUGACUCGGCUGCCGCGGUUGCUGCACCCCAGCAGAACUCAGCCUCCAUCCCCAUGAAGAACACGACGGACGACUCAGCAGUGCCGCUGGAACUGCAGCAGUCCACAAGUGCGGCGACCAUUAGCAGCCUUCAGGCGGAGCUUAAGGAGAUGAAGGCCAAGGUGGUGCACGUGACUGCCUCUCGCGAGGCUCUCUACGCGGAACUGGAGGCCCAACGCACGGAGCUCGCCAAGCUGGAGUCCGCCAUGGCGCAGCAGGACCGGCAGCUUGCCAAGGUGCAGCAAGGGUACGAAGCGAAGCUGGCGGCGGCUACCCAGUCUGAGGAUGAGGUGACGCGGCUGGAGACCCGCCUGCGCGAGCGCUCCGACCAGAUGGAGCAGCUGCGCACAUUACUGGAGAAGCAGAAGGCAAUCAUCGUCAAGAACAACGAGAAAGCAGAGUAUUUCCAGGUCUCACUGCGGGACAAGACUGAAGCCUUCGUAGCGCUUGAGCAUCAGCUCCGUGAGCAACUGGAGAACAAGGAUGCGCAGAUGCAGCAGCUCAUUAACAAGCGCGUCGCCGAGUUUGCCCAGCAGCGCGACAUCGACAUGAGUGAGAAGUCCCACCGUCAGAAGAAGCUGAAGAAGAAGAUCCAGAAGCUGCAGGAAGAACUGCACAAGUGGGAGGCGCAGUUUGAUAUGAAGGUGUGCGAAUGCGAAGACCUGCGCAACGCGCUGGAGGAGAAGAAGGUGGAGCAGCUGCGCAUGCUGCGUCGCAUCGAGCUCUCCAGCGAUGAGGCCGAGGCCUUGGAGCAAAAGGAGCAAAUCCAGAACGCCCUCGAGCGCGCCAAGCAGGAACGACGUCGUAAGGAUGACCUUUUCGCCAUGGGUGAGCUGCCCAGCGCCAAGACGGUGGCGAGGCGUAGCGCGGCAGAUCCCUCAGAUGACUCCGAGUGCUAG